CACAGUUGGUGGUAGGUGCGGUAGUGCGGCGUCUGAUGUGUGCAUAAAGACAACACUCAGCAGCAGGACGAACACGCUCGGAAGACACCGAAAUGCACACAAAAUGCUGCGUCCACGAGCUGUGACCAGCCGCUGGAUGUGAAGAAAAUAACCAAACACCGGGGGAAAAUAACCUUUGAAGCGCGCGCGCGCUGGCAGCGUUCUUGCAGCAGAUUCCAGUAGACAUAGAUCCUGCUGAUGCGCUUUCGCUGUGCAUGAAUCCCUCUGUUUGGUUUGCACGUUCAGUACAAAACCGAGCGGCAUUGACGACUCUGUGGAGCCUGUGAGUGCACCUUAUCCGCCUCUCUGUACACCUACACCCCCCCCCUCUACACUCCGUGGCACCUGCUUCAGGAUGGCCUUAACGAUCUGCACGCGAUUCACCGACGAAUAUCAGCUGUUCGAGGAGCUGGGGAAGGGAGCAUUCUCUGUGGUCAGGAGGUGUGUGAAGAUUUCAUCUGGACAGGAGUAUGCUGCUAAAAUUAUCAACACCAAGAAGCUUUCUGCCAGAGAUCAUCAAAAGCUGGAGAGAGAGGCAAGGAUUUGUCGUUUACUAAAGCACCCGAAUAUCGUAAGACUCCAUGACAGCAUAUCAGAAGAGGGUUUCCACUAUCUGGUGUUUGAUCUGGUGACAGGCGGAGAGCUGUUUGAGGACAUCGUAGCCAGGGAGUACUACAGUGAAGCUGAUGCCAGCCACUGCAUACAGCAGAUCCUGGAGAGUGUCCAUCACUGCCAUGUUAAUGGGAUUGUUCACAGGGAUUUGAAGCCUGAGAACCUUCUGUUGGCCAGUAAGCUGAAGGGGGCGGCGGUCAAGUUGGCUGACUUUGGGCUGGCUAUCGAGGUACAGGGGGACCAACAGGCAUGGUUUGGUUUUGCCGGCACCCCUGGGUACUUAUCCCCAGAGGUCCUGAGGAAAGACCCUUAUGGGAAACCAGUUGAUAUGUGGGCCUGUGGUGUGAUUUUGUACAUCCUGCUUGUGGGCUACCCUCCUUUUUGGGAUGAAGAUCAACAUCGCCUCUACCAACAAAUCAAGGCAGGGGCCUAUGAUUUUCCAUCCCCAGAGUGGGACACUGUAACUCCUGAGGCCAAAGAUCUCAUUAACAAGAUGCUAACUAUCAACCCCAGUAAGCGCAUCACCGCUGCAGAGGCCCUCAAACACCCCUGGAUCUGCCAACGGUCCACUGUAGCCUCCAUGAUGCACAGGCAGGAGACUGUGGAGUGCCUGAAGAAAUUUAAUGCAAGGAGGAAACUCAAGGGAGCAAUAUUGACCACUUUGCUGGUCACAAGAAACUUCUCAGCAGCCAAAAGUUUGCUCAACAAAAAAACAGACGGCGUUAAGGUCAACAACAAAGCCAACACAGUGACCAGUCCUAAAGACACUGGCCCUGCCUCUGCACUGGAGCCACAGACAACUGUGAUCCACAACCCUGUAGAUGGAAAUAAGGAAUCCAUUGAAAGUGCCAACACCACCAUUGAGGAUGAAGAUGUAAAAGCCCUCCGUUUGGGCAGCUUAGUGAGCGGGGUCUUGAGUUCAAAGAGUCGCUCCUCACAGAUGUCUGACUCGGGACAGACUCCCACCUCCUCAGUUCAGACCUGCACCAAUAACAAUAAAGCUCGUAAACAGGAAAUUAUAAAAGUUACCGAACAGCUGAUUGAGUCUAUAAAUAAUGGAGACUUUGAAGCCUAUGCGAAGAUUUGUGAUCCUGGUUUGACGUCCUUUGAGCCUGAGGCCCUGGGUAAUCUGGUGGAAGGACAUGACUUCCAUCGCUUCUACUUUGAGAAUGCGCUGUCUAAAGGAAAUAAGCCGGUGCACACUAUCCUCCUGAACCCACACGUGCAUCUCAUUGGGGAAAACGCUGCAUGCAUUGCUUAUAUCCGGCUGACCCAGUACAUGGACGGGAGUGGCAUGCCGCGUACCAUGCAGUCCGAGGAGACCCGUGUGUGGCAACGUCGUGAUGGAAAGUGGCAGAACAUUCACUUUCAUCGCUCAGGCUCACCCAGCAUCCCCUCUCAUUAAUGGAAUAUCAGUGUGUGAAAAAAAAUCUAGUGGAGCAGUCAACUAGCCAAUCCUCCUGACAGCUCUUUAGACCUUUGACCCUUCCAUAAGGACGUGACGUCGCACAGGAUACAAGCAUUAUUACAUUUUACUGUUAUGGUAUUUUCUGAACAGACAAUAUCCAAACCCACCACUGGGUGGCAGCACACUGUAUUUGGACAUUAUGAAACAAACAUAUUGAGAACAUUUUGUUUUUCCUUUUUGGUUUGUUUUUUAAACGUUUUUGGUAUGCAUUUUAAAUAUAAAACGAGAUGUUUAAAAUUUUCUCUACUGUAACCUCUCCUGAAGAUUAGUUCUGUAUUUUUACGUGUAUUUCUGUGUGUGCAACUCGACAACCAUUUGGGAGAUCAGAAUGUUCAAAAAUUGAGCUUGCUUUAGUUCUGGUGAUGUAUAUACAACGUGAUUGUUGAUGACAAGAAAACAAACAAAAACAAACACUGAAUCUGCUAUUCUUGCUAUCAGAAGACUUGAGAAUUUCUGUAAAAUCAAGUUUAUGAGCUACAUUUCUGUUUGCUAUGAGCUGUCAUACUGUUUAAAUUGUCAGAUUUCAAUCUAUAGUACUAAUUUAAAUGUAAAGAAAAGCAGAGUAGCUUACACUUUGCAUUGAGAUAUGUUUGCCUUUAUAUCAGUGAAAUAAGAAAUAAGAGAAUGUAGCAUAUAUGUAACAUAUGAAAAUCCAAGAUUUAUUGUGUAGUGCAUGGUGGGGGAGGGGAGUGUUACCAUGAGUAAGAUCAUAUGAAACUAAAAAUAUCUGCUGUUUAAUUUGUCAGUCACUGACUUGUUUGCAUUUGUUAUUGUUGUGCAUCAGUCCUGUCCCAAACUGUUUCUAAUGUCCUCCAGUGUCACGAAAGUGUUGUAAAAAAAAAAAUAAUAAUAAUAAAAAAAUGUCUUAUCUAAGCCUCAUGUUGAACAGGAGGGAAAUAAAAUGUUGGCUGCCGAAGUACCACUUACAUUUUGUAUUAAAAAAUUAACAGAAAGGAACACAAGAUCAUUUUUCACAGUUUGUACUUGUAUCGUGUGCCUGUGUGUCGGCUUUCUGUUGUCAUUCUACUGUCAUACCUGCCUGUUGCUUUGCCAGCUGCAGAGAGAGAAUUCAUGUGAUAAAGACAAAGAAAAGGCCCUGGCAUCUAACUUCAGUCACAUCAAGUGACAACCAGAUGACACUGGAGGGAAAAUGUGGGGUGAAUAGUUGGACGGCCUUGGAAGCUGGGAUGUCUUCUAUGUUGAGCAGUGCUUCUGCUGGCUAUCUGUGUCACCAUGGCAGAACAAUGAUAGUGUCUUUGUUGCCCACAUUGUUUGCUAUCUCCAACUGGUUUCUUUUCUUUUUCAAAAGGGAAAAGAUGAGUGUUUCAUUUGACAAAAAGUAUGAUGUCAGUGCAUUGCACUACUCCUUACAUGGUGUGUACCUGUUGCCAGCAUGGCAAUGGAUGGCUUAACAUGUUUAAGAAAUAAAUAUAUCAGCCAAAAAGUG